UCGCUCUUGCUCACGGCGCGUCCUGCGAGAAUGGGCCCUUGAUGCGCAUGUCCCGCAGGAGUACUCCAGCUUUACUGGUGACGAUUUUCCUGGGGCACUACUGCACAAACAGCCGCCCCGUAGACACGAUAACGCAUCAAUUUUAAGUGCCACCAAAGUUCCCUUCAGCAUAAAUCACAACCCGUCUCCGAAGGGGUCGAGAAGAGCACGGUACACGGUGGGCAAACACUUCUGCGACGGGGAUUCGAGCCAAAGAUCACUGCACAGAAGCAGCAGCAGCAGCAGCAUCAGCAAGGAUAAUACCCAACAUCGAAACACACAGUUCAACAUCCGCUCCACAGGUGUAGGCCAAACCGUGCCACUUGCUUCACCGUGCCGUGGCGGCGCAUGGCAUCCUAAUUUAUUCGCCAGAAUCUUGUGGUUUGUGUGGUGCCCAUUUUUCAUCCAUACUGAAGGUGGGGGAAGGGACAGGAUCAUUCGUAGCUGUUGCGUAGAGACGGCCAUCAAGCUUACUAGAUCAAGGGCAAUCAGGCGACAGUUUAGUAGCGCAAGUCCCCCGAGAGUAGGCUGCCCGUGUGUUUUUCACCCGCUCGCCCGCAUCGUAUGAAGGGAUAUUGCCAGGAUACGCAGUGCCAAUUCGCCAUUCUGCUGCUGUAGCAGUGUUUUGUGCAGUGCACGCGCGACAACAAACCGUGUGCGCGAUACGCAUAUUGCUCGGUGCUGGAAAUUUUAGAGCAAUAAAGCACACGCAAAGACACGGUCGAACGGCAGGCCUCCCGAACUAUUUUGUGAGUGAUUUCCGCUGCUUUCUUCCCUUAUCGGACCGCAUUCUGCAACAGUCAACGCUCGCUGUGGCUCCACCGUUGGUCCAGGUUUUCUUGCUCGUCCCAAGAGAAGAUUGGCAGGGAAGCAUUCCAUUUGUGUACGUCCGUGCGAGUGUAUCUGUGUAAGUGAAUUUGUUAGUGUGUGUUGAAGAAAAUGUGCAACAAAUGAAUGAGCAGCAGCAGCAGCACCAGAGUGGUUCAAUGUCGUACGUGCCCCAUUUAGAUCCAUCAGCUGCCGCGCAUGAUACCGCCAAUGACAGCAUCGCAUCCGCUGAAGUCAGCUCCCGUUAGCGUCACCAGCCGUGUGAUACGAGUGUCAGCGGUGGAAAAUAAGGACACACUGUAGGACAUUCGCGCAAGAGACAGAGGAGGGAGGCACGUAUCACGCUACAGCACAUCUACGUCAUCACACUACACACGCUCGAGGGGAUCGCCUGCCUGCUGCGGUGGAAUUUAACAUUUCAAAAUGCUUCCAGCAAACGUAAUGUCGUUCAUGAAGAAGAUGGUUGCUACCGAUGAGGCGUCACAUCAGCAACCAUCGAUGGAGAACACGGGCGCGUUCGGGAAGCUGAAGCAAACCCUUUCCACAUCGCUGCUGACGGCCCAGGACAGAGUGAACAAAAUGUCCCCGCGCCCAUCGCUGGUACCGGACGCGACCGAGACGCCACAGGACGAUCCGUACAAGGAUGCGUCUGCCAGCGAGAAGACGGCGAGCGAAGGCAACAAGUUCAACACACGGUCCGGUUCGUGCCGGAUAUGUUUGAAAUCGUUUAAACCGAAUGACUUCAAAAAGACCUGCGUCGAGUGUGAUCAGAAGGUUUGCGAAGACUGUGCCAGCUACAGCAAGCUACAGGACUCGGAAGACUCGGAUCUUUGGCGAUGUAGCGUCUGUCGGCGAAAGAUGGCGUCCCGUAUUUGCAUACCGCAAGAAUCAACCGACUCCGCCCUGGAGGUACCGGUUAUGGAGACGCUACAGCGGCGCCAUUCAGACAUCAAGCUAGGCUUCAACCAGCAUCUGGACGAUGGCAAGGGUUCGGCGUUGGCCCCACCCCGUAGCCCCGAGCUGCGUCGCCAUUCGGACGUUUCGCCGGCGUCGCUGAAGGAGCUGGAAAAGCUGAAGGGCGUCCAGAACCCGAAGAACGAUAUGGACUGGCGCAAGGGUCACAGUGCCGCACCGAGCCGAUCGUCCAGCCCGCCCGGCCGGAAGGAGAUGGAGCUGGGAACACCGCGCGUCUUUUCCCGCCGGCCAUCGACCAAGAUGUCGCGCCAGCGCAGCUACGACGACGAGUUCAAGACGAUGAGCUCCGACACGAAUCUGGCCGAGGCGGGCCUCAACCUGCCGCCCCCGAUGCCGAGACGCAAGUCGGCGUACGACGUGUACGCCCCGGGUGUGCUGAUUAACGCGAUGCAGUCGGUAAAGCUGGCCCCGGACGAUUCCGAAAAGAUCAGCACAUCGCGCCGCGCGUCUAUGAAGAUGAUGGGGGACGGAGGCGAGUUCGGUGGGGAUGACCAUACGAUGGCCGACAUGAAGGCGGCCGGACUGAUUGUGGACGAUGAUCGACGACACAAGCGACGUGGAUCGCAGUUACCCGACAUACCGGCACUGAAAGACAAAACUGCCCAGAACUCUGCGAACAUAUCAGUCUAUCAGUGCCCGGCGUUGGAGGACCUGGAGGCACCGAAGCGGCAGACAUCGCUAGACGGCGAAGGCAUCAAGAUCGUGAUACACGAUGCCGACGCGGGUCCACUGUGUGCUGCCAAGCGGAGCGUCCUACUGCGAAGAGACCCAUCAGAUAAAGCACACAGAACACGAGGAUUUGGAAUGCGUGUCGUCGGCGGUAAAACCGGUACCGAUGGACGACUCUUUGCGUACAUCGUGUGGACCGUGCCGGGUGGACCAGCCGAAAAAGGAGGUCUCCAACAGGGCGAUAAGAUCCUGGAAUGGUGCGGAACCUCUCUCACCGAUCGCAGCUUCGAGGAGGUAUGUGCCAUCAUGGACCGCACCGGUGACACGGCCGAACUGCUGGUCGAGCACGCAACCGACUUUAAGAUGUGCGAGCUGCUCGACGAGGGCGGCAUGGGCAUGAACGUUAGUUCGAACUACAGUAGCAGCAACUCGACACGAGCUUUACCGGACACUAAUGUGCAUACGCUAGCAUCAGAAAGUGAAGCAACGAUGGACAAAUCGCCCUCUUCGCCGACCAGACGCAAAUUGCCUAAAACACCGGUAUAAAUCUAUCAAUACGUUAUUCCUCUUUUUUCUAUCAAGUUGAUGUGCGUGUACAUGCAGCCAAACCGAUAACUUGCAGCGCAUUCGAUCAGACAAACCCAUACUAGUGUACUAGCAAAGAGCGAGCUACAGAAAAAGGAACAAAAAUAUCAACUACAUUAUGUAACCGUUACCCGUAGCAAGAGUAGUAGUGCAAAGUAGUAGCGUGUAGUAAGCAGAGGAAGGCAGCAGAGCCAACGCACACUCCUGAACACUUGGCAUUGUACUCGAGCGAGCAGAAGGUGUAGCAAACAAUAAGGACAAACAGGGCUCCAGGGUAGGCGAAACCAACCAACAUGCCCAAAACCCGACAAUUUUCAUGGUCAAAACAUUCUACGUUUAAUGGAGCACUGCAGCGAGAUAUUUGCAAACUAAGCUACACUGAACAAAACUCAACUUUAAAAAAAGCAAGACGUUCGAUUAAGUCAGUCUCCCGGAGGAUCGGCUCCGCAAUACAAUUUACUUUCUUGUAGUUAAUUGGUAUAAACUAAACAAUGUUGCGCUUUCGAAACACACAAUCGGGUCUGCUCUCGACUUUUCUUGUACUGUUUAUAGCCCGUAUACACGUGAUUAGAUGAAAAAAGGCAAAGCUAGAAACAAUGCGGGAGGGAAAUAGAGAGAAAAAGAGUUCCAUAUUUUAUAUUUUGAGUAGCAUAAGAACCAACAGAAAAUGGGGAAAAGGAUACAAUAAUCUAUAUAUAUAUACAUACUUAUAUAUAUAAAAGUAUAUAUACAUCAAUACUUAUACUCAAUGCAUAUUAUUAUAACGAGUAAAGACACACAUACGCAACACGCACACAACAUAAAACAUACACCGACACAGCGAGGACUUCACGGAUACGACGAGGAUGUCGAAACAAUUGGAGCCAAACAAGUCGUUUUGAGCUUUUAAAACUAAUCGUUGAUUACCGGACACGGCAACUGACAAAACAGUAAGUAGGUACGUGUUUAGCAAAAGGAAAAGCUGCAGAUCAUCUCGCGAUUACAACAACAACAGAAACAACAGCAGAAGUAAGAACAGAGCGAAUACAUGUAAAACGAUGAUUUCAUUAACAAAAACAUACAUACACCUAUCAAAAGCUGAAUAAACUAAAAAUAUCAAUUUUGUGGAUAACCUAUUUAGAGCAACGUACGUACGAAAAUGAUCCAAGAUCUAGAAACCUAGGACUCACAUGUCACAGAACAAGCUGGAACAAGCAUGUGCCCGGCUCAAAAUGCCACACAGCUGUUGCUCGGGUUGGAUCAGGAGUGUGAAGAGUAGCAGAACAGACAGAACCAAAUAAAAGGCACUUAAACUAGCAAAGGAUGAUACGGCAAAGGGCGUAACAAAAGGCAAAAAAGGGCGCAGAAAAGAAAGAUAUAAUUGGGCAGAGAACAGAAAUAUGCAAGGGAAACAAUAUUUAAAGUAUAAAGGAUACAUAGUUGUCAGUAGCAAAUUACAAUUUAAAAAAAACACAAAAAUGAAAUUCAAUCAACCAUCAUCAGCAGCAGACUCAAAACAGGAUGAAAACAAAACGAUCUGUUGAUCGGUACUACCAUGCUGAAGAUUGAAUUGAUCUUGUGGAAGUUGUGCAAAACAUCACCUACACCGAUCUUGCCUACAUUUAGGCGCAAAAGCUGCAAUCCGCAUGGCAGCGUAACGCUAUCGGGGUAAAAGUAACGUCUGCAUUUGCCCGGUCCGAGCGGUGAGACAAUAGCAAAUGCCCCGAUAAAAACCACCAAACCAAACCAGCAGCUGCUGCUGAUGGCAGUUGAUUUAAUUUCAUUUCCUUUCUCGACGCCAUCUGUAUGUUCCGCCGUUGCGUUGUCGUUCUUGUUCUGUUUUUGUAUAAAACACCCCGUUGCGUACAGAAAUGCCGGCAAACCAGAAACAAGCGAGCAAACAAAAACAUCUUUACAAUUAAAUUGUAUCCAGUAGGCAAAUUAAUUGCAGUAGAAAAUGUUGUUGUAGUUGUGUUUCUUUUUUC